AUGUCGAUUGAUAGUAAUCUUCUUGAACGAUAUCAUGCAGCUCGCGCAAUGUCUAAUACAGUCAAUGAUCAACUAGAAACAUUAUAUCAUAAACGACAACGGAUACUUCUUGAAAAUUCACGUACAAAUGCUUAUAAAUAUACACUUAUUCAAUCGAAACGACGAGAAUGGUCUAUAUAUAAACGUAAUACAACUCAUCAUCAGCAUCAACAUCCCGUUCGUCUUUCAACAAAUAUUCGUCAGAUAUUUCAAGUUACUGAACAAAAUCAACAACAAUCUUCCGAUAAUUCUUAUUCAAUUGUAAACAAUAUAUUACCUCCUCGUAUCUAUCCAGCAAUAUUUAAUAUUCAACAAAUGCUAUCAAAACAAUCUGUAAAUAUAAAUAUUCUUCAUGAAAUUUAUUUUCUUGGUCAAUUUGAUAAAAAAUUUCUUGUCACAAAACGUUUUAUUCAUUCAUCAAAUAUUAAUAAAAUUCAAAUAAUUCUUUUCGAUCAACAUGCUAUAUCCGAACGUAUUCUUCUCGAACAACUUCAGAAAGAAAAUAUUCAUUCAAUUUCAUUUCGAUUAUCUCAACCAAUUACUAUUCCUCGUAAUCCACGUUUUCUUUAUACACCCGAACAAAUAUCUCUACUUGAACGUACAGGUUUUAAGUUUUCUUCGAUAUCAAUUCAUAAUCUUCUUGUUCGAUCUGUACCUAAUUGGAUUUUAACACUUAAACAACGUGAAUCAUCCACAUCUUUACUUGAUAAUAUUAUUUCUAGUACAAUUAAUAAUAUUCUUCUUCUUACAAUAAAUAAUCAAUCGAAAUUAAUUAUGUAUGAAACACUUAAAUCAUUAGCUUGUCAUAAUGCAAUUAAAUUUAAUGACAUUUUAUCAAAGAAUGAAUGUAAUCAUCUUUUGAAUGAAUUAAAAUCUUGUUCAAUGCCUUUCAUUUGUGCACAUGGACGAACGUCAGCUUCAAUUUUAUGUGAAUAUAAUAACACAAUAACCGACGAUUAUCAUGUUGAUAUGGCUGAAUUAAAACAACUUGCUUCAAUUCAUAAAUGGCUUAAAAAAUCUUAA